AGAAAACUUAAACGGGAAGAAAAUAAUCAAGUAAAGAUGUUAUAUUAGAACCAUAAAUGCUUGUGAUAGAAGUAAGGACAUUGUCUACUCUUUCUAUGUUUGGGUUUGCCGCGAUGAAAGCGAAAAGAAAAGCAAUGUGUACAGGCUUUCUUCUGGCUUUUAUUUUGGGAGUUUUAGAGGCCCAUAUUAUAGUCAACCCACCGGACCCGUGGUAUGACGGAUACAUGACAUGUCGACAGAACAAUAUGGCCAUGCUGAGCUGGCGGAUGUGGAGGGAUGGAACACGUAACAUUAAUGUUACAUAUCCCGUUUGGCUCUAUGGCUUCGAAGCAAAGGUCCGAAACACAGUUAAAAUCUUCACGUUCGACCAAUUACAGAACAAUAUGACCGCCUCUGUUCGUUGUGUGCGCGGAAACACGUUUGAUGAAUACUAUCAAAGUUUUAACUUUGAGCAAGCACUAUCACUUUGUCAGAAUAAUAGCAGUGGAUAUCAUAUGGAAUUGCUGUCUGUGAACCACACUAACCUUCACAAGUUUCCAAUAAGCUCGGAUAUAAUUAAUUUCGCGUUUUGGACAAAAGGUCUGGAAGUCGGAACAUUUCUUAACUCGGAAAACCUAACAACACGUUGUUUUCUUCUCAACGCAGAUGGCGCAUUGCGAAAAGACAACUGUACAGAAAGCUAUGCGUCCAUUUGUGUUAACGCAAUUGUUCGCGACACUAUACAAUACAACGGACAAUUAUCAAAUGUGCCACACUACGAUCCGACAUCAACGAGCAAACCCGUGACAUUAUCAGCGGCUACCUCAGAGUUUGUGACGUCACAAGUUUCCACAGCAACUAAUGAGGCGUCAACAUCUCAAUCGCCGGAAUCAAAAUCAACUGCCUCAUCGACUACGGAAUCGUUGAAAUUUGUGUACAUCGGCAUUGUGCUCGGCUUCUUUGUGUUGGUUGUCAUCACUGCAGCAGUUAUUGUCAUCAUAACAAAGAAAAGACGCAGGAGGCGUAAUACACCCAGCUAUCCGAUGACAGACCCCCAGCACAUGACGCAAGGCGUUCCCUCUCAGAUAGAUGCUGGGAGAGAGUAUGAAACACUGGCAGACCGUGGUCUGAUGGGAAGCGAUUAUGAUCGCAUAGCAGACCGUUAUGUGCAUUCAACCGAGUAUGAUGAUGCAGAGAAUAUCACAAAUACGAGCCUUCAGUCUGACGUCCCACAAUACAGGGCACAACUAGCAGGAAGGACGAUGGUUACCUAAAACCAAUGACUGAAAAGCUGUCAAGGGACAUAUCAAUACCACUGAAACCAAAGGACUCGCCGUAGCCGUUACGUUAAACGAGUGUCACUUGCAACAUAACACCAGUUCCAACAGAGUUUUCAAUGGGUAUACAUGCACCGCUUAAAAAAAGACAAGCGAUUGUCCCUUCGCACAAAAUAUCAAGGGCAUCAUAGUUUUCUACCCAAAUGCAUGCAUCCUUGUAAAGUUGGGAGGAAUAGUUUAUAUUGUAAUAGAUGAAAAAAACAACAUUUUACUUAUUUACAUUCGCAUAUAUAAAUCAUGUAUCACAAUAAUAAUACCAAAUUAAAAUUGAGUUUUUAGUUUUAAAAACAAGUUUUGAAAAUUUGUAUUCUCUCAAACAGGAAUCUGUUCCUUGAUGUUUGCGACUAAUUUUGUGUGCGUGUUUUUCCUUAAAGGGGCCAUUUCACGUUUUGCUAAAUUGACAACAUUAAAAAAUGUUGUUUCAGAUUCGCACAUUUUCGUUUUUGUUAUGAUAUUUUUGAAGAAACAGUAAUACUUAACAUUAACCAUGCUCUAAAAUACCAAUUUUAUGCAUCUUUUUACGAUGUAAAAAUCUGAAAAUUAUAAAGCAUUGCAACGCGAAAUGUUCUGUUGUUGUCGUUAUAUUUUGUAAAACUACGAGGAUUGCUUAUGUAAAGUAUAAAAUACCUCCCUCAUUGUAUGAGCACGGAGGGCCGUGUCGUCUAAGUGGUAGGCUUUUACUCCAGGACUCCAGGGGUCAGUGGUUCGAGCCCAGUUGAGGGUUACUUAUAUUUUUGUCUUUUUUUUGUCUUUUUUUUCUCUUUUUUUUAACUGGAGCUUUUUAGAUCCAAUGUUUACAUUUAUCAAUACAAAGCAUUUAAUGACAAACUUCAAUACAUGCAAAAAUCCGUGAAAAGGCCCCUUUAAUAUCCCAACAGGAUAUUCUAACAAUAAUUUAUGUAUUUGACGCUUCCCUUUCGUGAUGUGAAUUAUGCUUAUAUUGUGUAUUCUUGAUAUACAAUAACGCUGUACAAUGUGUAUGUAUUUUGAUGUAUUGCUUACGUUUAUCGCAAUGACAUGCGGCAAAAUACUUAAAGUUUUAAUGACGAGUUCAGCUUACAGCCAUCACAAUAUGAAUUGAUUAAUUUCUUCAAUUGAAGGAAUGCCAUUUUAGCGCACUUGUUUGCUGAAUAAUGUAAACAAUCAUUUUAUACCGUUUUUUUAGGGUAACAGACUGUUGGCUUAUUACGGGCAAAAGCCCGCGUAGCUGGCGUUGACCACUUUAUACAUAUGGAAAUUUAAACAAACAAUAGACAUAGGGGAUGCAUCUAAAAAAAAAUAGCCACGCGACAUAUAUUUUCAAGAUGCGAUUUAUGACCUUAAAAAUUCAAAAACACUUUGACAUAUGCUAAAACACAUGUAAAUACAUACCUCAGGAAAAAAGUGUACAAAUGACAUCAUAAUGGUGAAAAUACUAAAUAUUCUCGCAUUAUAUGUUUUUCUCCGCUACAUAUAGACCGUUUCAGAAUUAAGUAAUUACCUUAUUAUCUCCCCUGAUUACUCAUAUUGUCCCAUGUUCUGCCCCCGUUGGUUUCCUUUUACCCGGCCUUCAGUGGGUAUGAGCCAUAGACUGUUUCACUAGAUAAAGUGACAGUUUUACCAAACACAAUUUUGGUAAACAUAAUCCGUCUAAAAUGUAUUGCCUAGAUCUCCGAUUUCUUUCGAAUUUAUUUGCUUUUAUCUUUUCGAUAGAUUAUUGUUAUUAUUAUCCUAACAAAUCUCAAACGCUUGUUUAAACAAAUUAUUUGUUUAUAACUUUAUAGUCGGCAUCUGUAUUAUCGCAGUAUUCUCGCGGUAUUUCAAUAACGACACCCUACUGUUUACUUGUCAGAAUUCUUGACGCAUUUACCAUUCACUCUGAAAGCAGUUUUGCCUGUGAUCAUGAGCAAUACUAGGGUAAGUUGCGGUUGUAAUCCACGAGGAACACGUUUAUUCACCAAAUUUAACGUUAUUUCGAUUGAACUGUUCAGUAUUUUAGCUAAUUUUAACUGGUUGACGAUGCUGCGAAGCAGCUUGUCUAAGUUAUCAUACCAUGAAACAAUUCUUCACAAUGGCGACCAUUGUAAAAGACCGAGCCAGUCCGAUUGAGAUAGCUCGAUUUUUCUAAUAGGCAUACCUCGCUUAUUAUCAUUUAUAAAGGUAAAGGAAGCUCAGCUAUAAAUAGGACAUAUUCUGGGAAAACGAUUUAAUAAUAGUUUGAAAACGUUUAUUUUCAAUCAGUAAUAUUCAAUCAAUUAUAUGUGUAUAGAUCAAUUAAACAACUAUGCAUUGUCUGUAUUGUAUUUGACAUUUGUCGUGAUUCUGAAAAUAAAUUGCGAAUGAAAACGUGUAUAAUUUACGUUUAAUGCGAUCAUGAGUGUACAGAAAACGAAUUAUUUCGAACCUGCCAUUUGUAAACGAUAUAGCGAGGAUGGUAUAUAAAUAGCAUAAUAGCCGUACGACAUCUAUGAAACUCGCUCUUCUGCGUGCUCUCUCAUUUUGCAUAUUUAAUAAACUUUUAAAACAGAAAUUACAGAGCCACAUCAGUGUACAUACUAUGCUUGAUAAUUCAUUCGUUUGUUGGAUAUUGUUUGCUGUUUUAAACACAUAUUAGGUCAUAUCGUGGAGAUUGAGUUAACCUUACCAUGUGUUCAUGGGCGAACUCACGUAUUCAAGUCGUAUUCGACUAUGUGCUCAUACGUACUUUUGGGAAUCAUCAUGAAAUUAUUGCCGCACUUAACAAACAAACAUGCAUAAGCUUAUUGAAUUAGAAAAAAAAACAAUAAUCAAAAGAGAAAAAUUAUAUGUUCAUGCACAUGGGCAUGUGUAAUCACGUCCGUACACAAAACAUCAUAAGCUUAGGAAAGGAAACAACGAAUAUAAUGUAAUAUUAUGUAAAUAUAUAGUUUGGUAUGAUGAACAUGUGAAAAAAAAGGGCAUGGUAUAAUUAAAUAGCAUGUCAAGUUUUGAAUAUAUCUGCUACGUAACGUAAUGUUAUAACCCACAAACGUUUUACUGUAACAUAACGUUUUUUUAAUAUAAGUGGUACAGAAAAUACACGUCGAAUAUCUGUUUAAAGAUAUUUCUUGUUAUAUUUGAUCGAGAAUGUAACCCGCCUCCCAGUUUCGCUGAAUGUGUCAAGUUUCCCACGGGUACU